UCCAGCACUCUAUGUUUUAUGACAGACUUGUCUGUUGUCAUUGUUUUUAGAUGACAGUUUGUCUACGACAGAAAGGAAAUUGAUCUUUUUAAUUUGUGCGUAUUUUGUUAUGAAAAAAAAGGUGAUAUUUUCAACCAAAAUAACAACUAUUUCACUUUAUUGGCACUUCUCGAGAUAGAGAGCUGCAAAUGCAAAAAACACAUUAAAGCUGUGUGCACCGUUUGAGAAGAUAGUUAUAAUGUUCUAAGAAAAAUAGAAGAUACUGAACUGAUUGCUGACUGUUCCAUUGCCUAAGCCACAAUGAACGACGCUAGCUCUACAGGUCCAGGGGUUCCGACCUUCAUUAACAGGGAUCGCAUUGUAAAGGAAGGGUGGAUUCAAAAACGAGGAGAGCAUUUCAAAAACUGGAGAGACAGAUAUUUUGUGCUAUUAGACAAUGGAGCUCUAGUAGGGUUUAAGAACAAACCGGAAGACUAUAACAAUGUGGAACCAUUGAAUAAUUUUACAGUGAAGGACUGCCAAAUAAUGCCCAAUGAUAGGCCUAAACCUUUCACAUUCAUCAUCAGGGGUCUCCAAUGGACCACUGUCAUUGAAAGAAUGUUUUGUGCCGAGUCUGAACAGGAUAGGGAAGAUUGGGUGAACGCCAUAAAGGCGGUGAAAGACAGACUCUCUUCAGAUUGCGAAGACGUUGAAAUGAACUCUCCCAACAGCGAGACAAUGGAAGAUCUCUGCGAAAAAUUCUCUCUUCAAGGCACCUCCAUUUCGAAAUCAACCGGCAAACGAAAAGUCACGUUAGAAAGCUUUGAAUUUUUGAAAGUGUUAGGAAAAGGUACAUUCGGCAAAGUGAUUUUGUGCAGAGAAAAGGCAACCGGCAGGCUGUUUGCGAUCAAGAUCCUCAAAAAGGAAGUCAUCAUCCAGAAAGAUGAAGUUGCUCACACCCAGACAGAGAACAGAGUGCUGAGGAAUAACCACCAUCCCUUCCUAACUUCUUUGAAGUAUUCAUUCCAAACCAACGAUAGGUUGUGUCUAGUAAUGGAGUAUGUGAACGGCGGAGAAUUGUUCUUUCAUCUUUCAAGAGAACGAGUAUUUUCUGAGGACAGAACGAGAUUUUACGGUGCAGAGAUUAUAUCUGCUUUGGCGUAUCUACAUUCUCAGGGCGUCAUUUAUAGAGACAUAAAACUCGAAAACCUGUUGCUUGACAAAGAUGGCCACGUGAAAAUUACCGAUUUCGGUCUAUGCAAAGAGGAUAUUACUUAUGGCCGUACCACCAAGACGUUCUGCGGCACGCCCGAAUACUUAGCGCCAGAAGUUCUCGAAGAUAAUGACUACGGUAGAGCUGUAGAUUGGUGGGGCACUGGGGUCGUCAUGUACGAAAUGAUGUGCGGCCGACUUCCAUUUUACAACAAGGACCACGACGUGCUUUUCACUUUGAUCCUGAUGGAAGAAGUGAAAUUUCCAAGGCAAUUGAGUAACGACGCUAAAGACUUGCUCGGAGGACUACUGGUGAAAGAUCCCGCUAAGAGAUUAGGCGGCGGUCCCGAAGAUGCCAAACAGAUAAUGGUCCAUUCUUUCUUCAGCAGCAUCAAUUGGAGAGAUUUGGAACAAAAAAAGAUUCCUCCGCCAUUCAAACCCCAAGUGUGUAGUGAUACAGACACUCGGUAUUUCGACUCAGAGUUUACUGGAGAAAGUGUGGAAUUGACCCCACCUGACAGCAACAGAUUACUGGGCUCCAUACAGGAAGAGCCUUAUUUCCCUCAAUUUAGUUUCCAGGACCUGUCAUCUACGCUGGGCAGCUCAUCGGCAUUUGUGAGCAGCGGAGGCGCGACAGGGGCGGCUAGCGCUGCGGGAGCAGGCAGCUUGACCAGCGUCGCGCCUAUGCAGUGACGUAGUCAGCGUCCUUGGCCGACCUGCCGGUCACUCAACAGUUCCUGGGUACUUAUAGAAAGUGUAAGCAUAAAAUGCAACAGUUAUCAUAUGUACUCGUGAUAACGUCUUAUACAUAGAUACUUUUUGUAUACGAAUCUAUUGAGCGCAGUGUGUGUAUAUAUAUAAUAUGUUAUUGAAUAUAGAUAAGCUGUAAGAUGGACCUAAGAUUUUGUAAUUGUAACAGCAUAGCGUUGCUCGUAGUGAUUUGUAAUUGUUUUCGAACCAGUCAGUGGAAAACCUCUCUAGUGAAACAUAUGACUAGGUUUGACAUUUGACGUUAGAAACUAGCUAUUUUAGAAACUGUUUGAAUUAAGUGGAUUCAGGCUUAAAAAUAAUACAUCUCGAAUGUUUCGUUAUUGACACGCAGUGAAAAUCCCGUUGUAAUGAUUUUUCAUUGACUGGGAUAAUUACAUAUACAUAUUUAUGUUGUUUAUGACAUUGCAUUUUGUUGAAAGGACUAAAGUCCAUUGGGAUAUAAUCGAUGUUUGUAAUUUUUUGUCGUGGGCGAUAUUAAAAUUUACAUUGUAUAUAAAGAGCUACUUUUGUAAUUAUAGACUGUAAGUUGUCCUGAAAUAAUAGAUGAAACAAAUGUAAUGGCAUCCUGGUAUUCAGGUACAGAAAACUGGGGAUAUUUCUAGGACACGAAAAUAAAAUAUAUUCUCAUAAACUUGGGAUUUAUAGUUCUUACGUAUGACAUCAGAUAAUAUAAAUGCCGCGUACGUUAACGUUAACUUUAUUUGGCAUUCACCAGAAUGCGGAGCGGACUAGAUGUUUUCCAUCAUAAAUGAAACUUGUUCCUGUAGCAAUACUAAAGAUAGAAUGAUUGAGAAUGGUUCAAAUAUUAAUCAUUAACAAGAAUUUUCAGAAACACUGGUAACUUUAAAGUUUUCGUUUUUUUCAUACUGUGUUUCUGGGUCGAAAAUAUCGUAUUGCUUAUAUCUCGAAAACGAUCAACUUUAGAGAAAAGUUCUAAAUAAUUUUUUUGUUCAUCGACACAUCGAAAAAAGCAAUUUUUGGAAUUUGUUUAAAAAAUUUCCGACGCGAAUUUGGUCAGCAUGCAUAUUCCUUAAAUGGGCCCUUUUGAAAUAAUAAUAUGCAAAAAAUGAUUUCCUAUUAUAUGGCAAAAAUGAAAACCACAAUAACAUGCUAGUUUAAUAAUAACACCUUUACUGUUACAGGGUUACCUAAAUUCCUUUUUAUAUUACAAAAUGGUAAUAAUCGUUUUUUUUAUAUUGCUGAAAAUCUGUCUGGUCUCUUUAGUACCCACAUAGUGAAAUGAAGUUUCUUAUUCUUAAUUCUAUCUUGGCCAUGUUCGACGAAUCUGCCGAGUUCUUAUCAAGAAAUAUAAUAAAACAUAAAUGAUGAAACCUGACUUUGACAUGCAUUAGUUUAUUACACCAAAUAAGUGCUCAAAUUAAAAUGGGUAUAAUAAUAUUUAUUCACAUCAUUCAUAAAUUGUGAAUAAAUUGAUAUGCCCCAAAAGGAAAAUAUCACACAUAACAUUGUCAAAAUGCCAAAAUCACGAACUUUUUUUUACUAUUUUGAUCACGUUCUAGUAAUUUAAGUUUCUCCUUAUUAAUUAUAGAGUACCGAUUCCUAGGCCGAACCCUUUUUAAUGAUUUUCUUUUGGCAAAUUUCAUAGUUUAUUGAUUGUAUAAUUUCACACGUAUUAUAUCUUUCUCAGCGACUCAGUAUAGUGUUUUAUUCAUUUAUUAAUUAAUUAAUUAAAAAAGAAAGAGGAAUCACACCACAAUUUCCUCUUGUUUAGAAAAAAAAGGCGUGGGAUAUAAGACGUUUGAAAUUAUACAAUCAAUAAACUAUGAAAUUUGUUAAAAGAAAAUCAUUAAAAAGGGUUUGGCCUAGGAAUCGGUACUGUAUAAUCAAUAAAGAGAAAUUCAAAUUACUAGUAAGUGAUCAAAAUUGUAAAAAAAUUGAUUCUACUAAAAAAUGUAUACAAUAUAAAUGUAAUACGUUGAUUUUGUAUCGUGGAUCAGCAAUGCGGAAAAGAUAUAUAUAUAUAUAUAACACAUCAAGUUAUAUAUAUAUAUAUAUAUAUAUAAAACUUGAGACGUGGUCAUUGUCGUCUAGACCAGUUAGGUGAAAAAUUAAAGCUUCCGCCUUUUGUUGGGUACUUCGACAAAAUUU